UGUCACAUAUGCAGGUUCUCAAACCAACGGUUCAAUUAUGGUAUAAACUGUUAGCUGUGCCUGACAGCCGUCACAGCAAGGAAAGCACCGAUGAUAACACUAUCAACAAUAUCGAUUUCCAUUAUCAACGGAAACCAGUGAAAUCGUUAUUGCCCUUUGAUAUCUGUGUGCUGGCUUUGUAAUCACAACUUGUCUGCAGCGUGUUUAACAGUAUGUAGUUAUUGGAAUGGUUCUCGAUGAAACGUUGCUGGGUCAUUAGGCCGAAUGGUCAUUAGGCCGAACAGUCAUUAUGUCGAAUGACCAUUAGGCCGAAUGAGAAGUGGGAAGUGAAAAGUGAGAAGUUAGGAAGAAGCAACUCGAACGAAGAAAGAAGGAAGAAGGGAGAAGGAAGAAGGAAAAGGGAAGAAAGAAGAAGGAAGAUGGAAAAACGAAUAAGAAAAAAGAGCGACGUAGAUAGAAGGUAGACUCAAGACACGUGUCCAGCCAACGUUAAGACUGGAUAUUAUAUGCAUAACACUAUGAGUCUCUGGGACUUCUGCAACAAGCUAAUUUAGGGUGUGAACCCAUAUAGUCAACAACAAUCACUAUCGCUCUUAUACUUGGAUUGAUCGCUUUUUUGUAAUAGAAAGCUCAAUUGAUAACACCGAACAAAACCAAAUUCAUUCCUAUUUGUCGGUCCGCUCGUGUUGGUUGACAUUAUCUCAACAAUGAGCAAAAUUUCUACAAUUGGAUCUCUUCCUACGGUUCACAAUUUUGACCAGAAGAAAUCUCACCCACUACAGUUUCCUCUGGAAAAUGACGUCGCCAUUCUACAAUCCUCUAAAAAUGGCCCAAAUAGCCGGUUCAACUGGCAAGUGCUGAAAAGCUUGAAUUCAGUCCUCAAAAUGGGACAAAUCGUUGCAGCUGUUUUAAUCCUUACGCUCACUCGAACUCGAGCGCGAAGUUAUUCGGAGCUGGUGGUCUCUUUACCGGAGAAUUCCUACAUCUUCCUGAGUAUCAAUGCACUGAUGGUGACGGCAGCCUUGCUGGGUGACUCGAUUGUUACCGUUCAUCCUUUACGACAGGCAUUCACUCCGGUGCUGCGUAACAAGGUGGAACUGUGGUUUACUGGAUUGGUGGCGGUGGCCUUCCACACGCUGGCAUACUCCGUGCUGGCAAUGAAUUUAAACUACCACGGAAUCGGGAUCAACAUAGUGGCGGCUGUUUUCGGUUUUGCCAACGCGAGUCUGUAUUUUGUGGACUGGUGUAUGAACUUCAACAGGCGCCAUGUUAUUCGUGGAAUGUUGUGUAGAGGGGAGAUAAGUGAAUAUGAGCAAGAUCAAUUAUCCAACUAGCGGUGCAGAAUGAAUGUCUUAGAUAAUAAAAAAAAUAUUGCUAAAAUAUCACAAAAACAUUCAUAUGCGGCAUUCAUUUGAAACAAUUGUCACGUUGGAUUUCAAUGGGACUAUUUCUUGCUAAGGUAAAUAUACAAGUAAAAUAUUACGGCAAUCUAUUUUAUUUCCGGUUGCAUAACCAAAAAGUCUUGAAAUCAAUAAAUUUGCUGCUGUGUGCUACCAUGACCACAAUUCAUGAUAAGAUGACUUGAACGAUGAUAAUCAUGCAUAACAUUUUUUUC